UGCACAGCCAGCCUCCACUGAGAGUAAACAGCUGACAGGAAGCACGGCCACUUUCACCGGAAAGGAGGAGCAGCUCUUAUUGUCGCCUGAGAGCUGCUGUAAUGGCGGUGUCUCGUCGCUCCUCGCAGCAGCAACAACAGCAAAGUACAACACAGUCUCCGCCGAGAAACGGCUCUCUUUCGGGCGCUCCUCCGGGCUCUCCGCCGAUGGCUCUGCUGACCUCGGCCGUUGGACCCCCGGAGAGUGAGAGGGAAUGCGCCGGAGGGAUCGACGUUGCUCUGGCCUCCCCAGACCUACCCACCCCGGUCCUAGCGAGCAGCGCGAGCUUCACCACGACAACCUCUGGCGGCGGCAGCAGCAGCGUCUCGAGCCCCGGUUCCGGAGCUGCCAGUCCAACUGACGGUAGCAGCGGUAUCGGCGGGGCGUUCAGGGAGUUGUUCGAGGCCUGUCGUAACGGAGAUGUGUCCAGAGUAAAGAGACUUGUCGACUCGGUGAAUGUAAACGCGAAGGACAUGGCUGGUCGAAAAUCAACUCCCCUCCACUUUGCUGCGGGUUUUGGCAGAAAGGAUGUGGUGGAGCACCUCUUGCAGACGGGGGCCAAUGUUCACGCCAGGGAUGAUGGAGGACUUAUCCCCCUUCACAAUGCCUGCUCUUUUGGCCACGCAGAAGUUGUCAGCCUCCUCUUGUGUCAGGGCGCAGACCCCAACGCCAGAGAUAACUGGAACUACACUCCGUUACAUGAGGCUGCCAUCAAGGGAAAGAUAGAUGUUUGCAUUGUGUUACUCCAACACGGAGCGGAUCCAAACAUCCGCAACACUGAUGGGAAAUCUGCUUUGGAUCUAGCCGACCCUUCAGCCAAGGCUGUUCUCACUGGUGAAUACAAGAAGGAUGAACUUCUGGAAGCAGCAAGGAGUGGGAAUGAAGAAAAGCUGAUGGCACUGCUGACUCCGUUAAAUGUCAACUGCCAUGCCAGCGAUGGCCGCAAGUCAACAUCCCAAAAAAUGCUGUCGACGCCCCUCCACCUGGCUGCCGGCUACAACCGGGUCCGCAUCGUCCAGCUCCUUCUCCAGCAUGGAGCUGAUGUUCACGCCAAGGACAAAGGAGGCCUGGUUCCACUUCACAACGCCUGCUCCUACGGACACUUUGAGGUCACAGAGCUUCUGCUAAAACAUGGAGCCUGUGUGAACGCCAUGGACUUGUGGCAGUUCACUCCUCUCCACGAGGCAGCGUCCAAGAACCGAGUGGAGGUCUGUUCCUUGCUGCUGAGCCACGGGGCCGACCCCACCCUGCUCAACUGUCACAGCAAAAGCGCCGUGGACAUGGCCCCCACUCCAGAACUUAAAGAAAGGCUCAGCUAUGAGUUCAAAGGUCACUCGCUGCUGCAGGCAGCCCGGGAGGCAGACAUGGCCAAAGUGAAGAAGACGCUGGCUCUGGAGAUCAUCAGCUUCAAACAUCCUCAGACCAACGAGACUGCUCUGCACUGUGCUGUGGCUUCCCCCCACCCCAAGAGGAAGCAGGUGACUGAGUUGUUGCUGCGUAAAGGAGCCAACAUCAAUGAGAAGAACAAAGACUUCAUGACUCCGUUGCAUGUUGCUGCUGAGAGAGCGCACAACGACAUCCUGGAUGUGCUGCAGAAACAUGGAGCAAAGGUAAACGCUGUGGACACUCUGGGUCAGACGGCUCUUCAUAGAGCUGCGCUGGCUGGUCACAUCCAGACCUGCAAGCUGCUGCUGAGCUACGGGGCCGACCCCUCCAUCGUAUCUCUGCAGGGUUUCACUGCCGCUCAGAUGGGUAACGAGGCCGUUCAACAGAUUCUAAAUGAAAAUGUUCCAACACGUAAUUCUGACGUGGACUACAGAUUUCUGGAGGCGGCCAAAGCAGGAGAUCUGGACACAGUGCAACAACUUUGCACCCCCCAGAAUGUAAACUGCCGAGACUUGGAGGGUCGCCACUCCACCCCUCUCCACUUUGCAGCUGGUUACAACCGAGUGGCUGUCGUUGAAUACCUGUUACACCAUGGAGCUGAUGUCCAUGCCAAAGACAAGGGCGGACUUGUUCCGCUCCACAACGCAUGCUCCUACGGUCACUAUGAAGUGGCUGAGCUGCUGGUCAGACAUGGAGCUUCAGUCAAUGUGGCCGACCUGUGGAAAUUCACCCCGCUUCACGAGGCUGCAGCCAAGGGAAAAUAUGAGAUCUGCAAACUGCUGCUCAAACACGGCGCCGACCCGUCCAAGAAGAACCGUGACGGCAACAUGCCGCUGGACAUGGUGAAAGAUGGAGACACCGACAUCCAGGACCUGCUGAGGGGUGAUGCCGCGCUGCUGGACGCUGCAAAGAAGGGCUGUCUGGCUCGAGUCCAGAAACUCUGCUCCCCAGAGAAUAUCAACUGCCGGGACACACAGGGGCGCAACUCCACACCACUCCACCUCGCAGCUGGGUACAACAACCUUGAGGUGGCAGAGUAUCUGCUGGAGCAUGGAGCUGAUGUCAACGCCCAGGACAAAGGAGGCCUUAUCCCUCUUCAUAAUGCUGCUUCUUAUGGGCAUGUGGACAUCGCAGCCCUACUGAUCAAGUACAAUACGUGUGUGAACGCUACAGACAAAUGGGCUUUCACGCCCCUCCACGAGGCGGCCCAGAAGGGUCGUACGCAGCUCUGUGCGCUGCUGCUGGCUCAUGGAGCCGACCCCACCAUGAAGAACCAAGAAGGCCAGACAGCACUGGACCUGGCCACGGCUGAUGAUAUCCGCGCCCUGCUGAUGGACGCCAUGCCACCGGACGCCCUGCCCAGCUGCUUUAAGCCCCAGGCCACAGUGGUCAGCGCCUCAGUCAUUUCCCCGGCCUCCACACCCUCCUGUCUGUCGGCCGCCAGCAGCAUAGACAACCUGGCCGGACCGCUCACUGAGCUGGCCGCCGCCUCUGCCUCCGGGUCCUCUGGAGUGGCCGACGGAGCCUCAGGCACCGACCGCAAGGAAGGGGACAUUGCCAUGUUGGACAUGAAUAUAAGUCAAUUCAUGAAGAGCCUGGGCCUGGAGCACCUGAGGGACAUCUUUGAGAGGGAGCAGAUCUCUAUGGAUGUGCUGGCUGACAUGGGUCACGAGGAGCUGAAGGAGAUUGGAAUUAAUGCAUAUGGCCACCGACACAAGCUUAUCAAGGGUGUUGAGAGGCUGCUGGGCGGCCAGCAAGGUGGCAACCCCUACCUGUCAUUCCAUUGUGCCAACCAGGGCACCAUCCUGAUAGACCUCGCCACAGACGACAAGGAGUACCAGUCUGUGGAGGACGAGUUGCAGAGCACCAUCAGAGAGCACAGAGACGGAGGCAACGCUGGUGGCGUGUUCAGCAGAUACAACAUCAUCAAGAUUCAGAAGGUGGUAAAUAAGAAGCUGAGGGAGCGCUACACCCACCGGCAGAAGGAAAUCGCAGAUGAGAACCACAACCAUCACAAUGAGCGGAUGUUGUUCCACGGUUCCCCGUUCAUUAACGCCAUCAUCCACAAAGGCUUCGAUGAGCGCCACGCUUACAUCGGAGGGAUGUUCGGAGCAGGGAUCUACUUUGCAGAGAACUCCUCAAAGAGCAAUCAGUACGUCUACGGCAUCGGUGGAGGCACAGGCUGCCCGACGCACAAAGACCGAUCCUGCUACCUGUGCCACAGGCAGAUGCUGUUCUGCCGAGUGACCCUGGGGAAGUCCUUCCUACAGUUCAGUGCUAUGAAGAUGGCCCACGCCCCUCCAGGACACCACUCGGUGAUCGGGCGGCCCAGUGUUAACGGCCUGGCCUACGCUGAAUACGUCAUCUACAGAGGAGAGCAGGCCUACCCGGAGUACCUCAUCACCUACCAGAUCCUUAAACCGGACAGCGCAGCCCAGGCUGCUGCAGGAGCUGAGCAGAAGUCGUAGUUACUUUACGUCUCACGCAAACACACACAAGGACUCGAUGCUCGUUAUUUUCUC